AUGGCGGCCACUGCAAUUGAGGAUGCUCGCAUACGCGAGGCGAUGGAAUAUUAUCUCCUAAACCUGGAGGGUUACGGUGCCCCAAAACACUUCAAAGCCUACAAGCCCAAACAACAGUCGACCUGGCCGCUAGGGCGACCACUUCCCGGCGAUCUUGUCGAUGAAGGCAAGCUGCUCCUUUUUAUGAAGGCGAAAGUUGUAAGCCGAGCCCCCCAAAAGGGGACGCGAUUGGAGAAGCAGAGGAAACGCCGCCUAGACGCUGCUGUGGCCGUAGGACAAGCUGCCGCCGCCAAACGGCGACGGCGUGAUGAGAGCGAGACCAUUGAAGUCGCCACUACUCCGGCGGCGGCGGUGGCAGCGACCAAGUUCGAGGAGGACGACAACGAGCCCCUGAUCGCCGCCCCGGCUCUCGAGCUUCAUGCCGAAGCGCGGGCGACCGAGGGCGCCGGGCCGCGCGCCGGCGCCCACGUCGACCGGGGUGCCAUCCCGCGGGGCCACUUCCCCCCAACUAUCUUCUACUGCUGGAGAGGAAGAGCAGGGGGGCGUUCCCCAGCUUGCUACAGCAUCUCUACCGCCGCCGUCGCCGGCGGUCGACUCGAACGUGCCUAG